ACUUGUGCUUGUGUUCUGAGUUGAAGAAAUAGUUUGUGUUAUGAUGGGGAAACUGAUGCUGAUGCUUCUGGUGUUUACAGCAAAACUCAUCACGUCUGACGGUGUGAAUGUGAGGUUGGUGAAUGGCAAUAAUCCCUGUGCUGGUCGAGUGGAGGUUCUUCAAAACGAUCAGUGGGGAACAGUGUGUCAGCGUUACUGGGAUAUUGUCGAUGCUGCAGUGUUGUGUAGAGAACUGAACUGUGGGACCGCUGUAAAACCAACAUAUAAUGCUCACUUUGGACAAGGAUCAGGAUCUAUUUUAAUGGCUUAUGUACGCUGCAGUGGAUCAGAGACUGCACUGAAAGAC